GCCACAGUCCAGACUCCGUAGUCCACAAGAAACGAUCCAUCGCCCCCUCGCCUUCGUCUUCUUCUCUUCUCUUCCUCGCCAUUGGUCUCGCGAUAUAAGGAGGCGAGGGGAGAGAAAGAGACGACCCAUCGCCCAUCGGUCGUCCAGCGUCAAGGCCAACUAGCAGGCAGGCAGCGCAGCCAUGGGGUUCUUCACCAAGAGCACCUCCAAGCAGACCGCCAAGCUCAAGUCCCUCAUCAAGAUCGCCGUCGCGCGCCUCGCCGUCGUCCGCCGCCCCCGCCUCGGCCGCCGCUCCAUUGCGCGCGGCGACGUCGCGCAGCUCCUCUCCAUUGGCCACCUCGACCGCGCUCUCGCCCGGGUAUGCGGGGCAGGUCAUGGAGGAGGACAGCAUGCUGGAGGCGCUCGACAUCAUCGAGCACUACUGCAAGAUCCUCGUCGACCAGUCCGCCCAGUUGGAGAAGCCCAAAGAGUGCGGCGAUGAGAUCAAGGCGGCGGCGGCGGGGCUGAUUUUCGCGUCGGCGCGCUGCGGCGAGCUGCCGGAGCUGCUGGACGCGCGCGCCAUCCUGGCAAGCAAGUUCGGCCGGGAAUUCGAGAGGGCGGCCAAGGAGGGCUCCCAGGCCGUCGUCAAUCCCACGUUAGUGCAGAGGUUAUCUGGCGAGAAGGCGAGCGCGGGGCAGCAGAGGAGGUUGGCCAGGGAGAUUGCCGCCGAGAACGACAUCUUGCUCGACUUCCCCGAAAGCCGAGGAGAGGUUCAUCAGAGCAAACAGAGUGAACAGGCCAAGAACGUGCCGGCGCCGGCUGGGAAAUCUGUCGAACAGCCUGAGGUCAGGACCGAAACUUCCGAGGUGCAGAGGAGGCAGAGGCUUGCCGAUGACAACGUGAGCCGGUCGAACCUUGCCCGGCAGAGAGCAGAGGAGAAGGCGUCGAGGGAAUCCAAGAAGUACGACGAUGUCAGGAUGGCGGCGGAGGCAGCGUUCGAGUCAGCGUCGUUCGCCGCCAUGGCCGCCCGGGCGGCAGUGGAGCUGUCUCGGACGGAGUCGCAUGGGAAGGGACCGAGAGGCGGCGGCCGCGGGCACGAUAAGGUCCAUCCUUUGCAGAGUUCUGGAGCAACCGAGCGGGAGACGCGGCCGCCGGGGAAGCCGCAGAAGCCUCCGUCUCCGUCUCCGUCGCCGUCGUGGAGCGACAAGAGCACGGUCUCCUCGGUAUGGUCGGACGCACCAGCACGGGACGCGCCAUCACCGCCGAAGGGGAAGAGCAUUGUGUUCGACCGGAGCGACGGAGAGGACGACGAUGUCGUGGAGGACCUCGUCUGGACUCCGCAGCUGCGUCGGCCUCCCUACAACAACAGAAGAACGGCCUCCGCAAUGGGCAUGGACGGCGUCGGCGGCGACGACAACACGCACGGCGCGCGGCGCGCGGAGUUCCAGGACAGCGUGCCCAACGGCUCGGAAGACGCGCGGCCGACGCACAGGAGGCACGCCUCGGAGCACGCCGGCGGGGGCGUGCGCCGCGAGGCCCCGGAGCAGCCCGGCCAGUACAGAGCCCCUCCGUACAGGAGGAGCCCCGCGGCCGAUGCAGGCAGCAACGGCGGCGCGUACGAGAGCUCGGCGUUCGUGGUCCGUGCGCCGUACGCGAGGAUCACGUCCGCGCUGGAGGGCGGCAACGAGCACAUCGCGCGGCACGAGGAGGUGCGCAGGAUGGGCACCGACGCGCGGCUGCUCCAGGAGCAGGUGUACGGCCCCGCCGCGCCCGGGCCGGGGCGCGCGCCCCUGACGCCGGACAGGAGGGCCAUCUCGGUGCGCACAAGGAGAUGAUAUCACUUUGGUGCAGCAGUACAUUGGUCAGUUCACUUCAGACUUGGGAGCUCCAUCCAGCUCGACUGGAAAAUGGGACGCCGGAAACGGCGUCGCCGGCAGCCCGGCAUGGCGGUGGUUUCCCGGACUGGCUUGGGAAAUCAGACGUGGGGUACGAUGCUGGAUUUUUUUGUACAUAGGAAGUGAGGGUCAUUGACUCAUUGACAUGUGAGUAAUUGUCCAUUGUUUUGUUUUGUCCUGCAAUGGGAGGAGUUUUGCGUGUGUUCUUGAGGCCGAGAUGGGUUGCGUAGAUGCAGAAUUGUUUCUGUUGCGACGCACACAACUCGGCUUUGUCUGUCACGAAGCACGCAUUUGUGAUGGUGAGCUGGAGCCCUGGGAGACUUUUUUUCGAGGGUACGCAAAUUUGCGUACUAUAGCUUUGUAGAAAGAAAGAAAAUUAAUACUCCCUCCGUUUAGGUGUGUAAGUCAUCUUACGAAAAUCAAAUAUUCUCAAAACACUUAGGCGCGGUGCAUUAAAUUGUACCUCGUUUCUUGUUUCUUGACAUAUCAACCAAUAAGAGAUGUGGGGUGUGCACGGUUUUAAUGACUUGAGACUACCAAGCACGACAUACAGUGGUUAGUUCA